GUAGACCCCCUAAGCGAUCCGCGAAACCCAAGAGAAAUAAACUUUUAUGAUGUGCAGCAAGCAGCUGAACUUUUGGAUUUGCUCAAACCAUUUGUUCAGAGAACAAAUUGCAUUAAUUCACAUUGUGAAAACCAAUUUAAGAUGUCUCUUUAUUACAAGAUGGAAAAUUUGCAAAGAUCUGGAAGCAUCACUCGGGAAUGAAGCAUUGGGUUUAUGUUAUUUUACUCACGAGAAUAAAAUUCCAGUCAUCGUAGUGAUGCCAGUGGACGUACCUUUAAGUCUAAGGGAAAAAAUAACCAAAUUAGGAGCGACAAUAAUCUUGCAUGGCAGAAAUCUGAACGAUGUCGAUACGCAGGCCCGCAGUGUGGCGCAUAAGAACAAACUCGUCUAUAUCAAUAGUCGUGAUUAUGUUGACAUUCUGGCGGGAUAUGGUACCAUAGCGCUGGAAAUAUUGCAAGAUAUACCAUUGGUAGAUGCUGUCAUCGUCCCUGUCGGUACAGGAGGUCUCGCUGCAGCGAUCGCAGUAGUUAUCAAACACAAGAAGAAGAACUGCUUAAUAUACGGUGUCCAGCCAGAAGAGGCACGAGCUUUCUUUACUGCUUCGAAAAGUGAAGACGCCGCCAGGAGUUUCGUACCCGAAACGACACUUGCCAAUAGCCUAACAAUGUCAAAAGUAGGAGCCAACGCUUAUCAUAAUGCACUUCCUUUACUUGACAAAAUGUUGCUGGUAAAAGAAUCAUGGAUCGGCCAGGCUAUGUUGCAUAUGAUGGAGCACGAGCGCUACGUCGUGGAGGGUGCUGCUGCUUGCCCGCUAGCCGCAAUUAUCGGACAACUCGUACCGGAACUCAAAAAUAAAACAGUGGUGUGCAUUGUAAGCGGAGGUAACAUCGAUAGCUUCCUCUUGUCUCGUUGUUUGCAAUUUGGCAAAGCUGCAGAAGCACGUUUUCUCAAAUUUACGGUGGAAAUAACUGAUACUUCGCUAUCUCAAGCGGAUUUGUUUGAAUUGCUGCGAAAGAAGAAUUACAGCGUUAUUGACCAAACGCAAGAGCAUAGAUGGACAAACGGGGACACUUAUAAAUGUAAGCUAACGUUGCACUGCCAAACACAUGAUCUUGAACAUGCCUUGAAGCUAAGAAGACUUAUACAAAAGACCUAUCCAUUGUCUUCAGAAUUCGAAAAUGAACCCUUCGUCGACAAAAGGACUUGUGAAUGUUAUGCCUAUAGUUACACACCAUAUAUCCCCAAACCACCUGUUGAAGAUGAAGAUUAGCUCUAUCUAGAAAAAGAGACCUCCAAAAGAUCAAGUACGUCAUCUGAUACUGCGAUGGAACCCACAGAGGUGCUUAGAAAAAUGAUGAAUACUCGUAGUCUGCCUACUUUGAAUUGGUCAUGACUUUGAAAAAAUACCACUUCCGCUAGCAAAGUGAGGGUGGUAAUACUAAUUGCAUCGAUAAUGUUCUCAGUUACAAAACACAGACGGUCUCUAAAGUGACGAUUUGGUCCCUUCUACUUACUUAAUCGGAUUCCAUGAUGAAAUACAUAGUAUAUAUCCAUUAUGUUGAUUUUUUUUGGCUUCUCUCGGAGAACUGUGCCAGUGUCCAGUCCAGUCAUUGGACAAAAUACUGCCCGCGGGCCAAGCCCUGCCCGCGAAGAGCUUUAAUUCGGCCCACCAAUGUCCCUUCUAAUGCAGGAGUGUAUGGCCCUCAAAAAUAUAUCUAGACAGCCUUGUCGAUAUCACCAGCGCCAUAUAUGAGAUAUUUAUAAAAGUAUUAUGUCACCCAGUUAGAUACCUUUACAACUACCAGCCCUGGCUAGUGAC